AUGGGACCUUCCGGCAGCGGCAAGACCACGCUACUGAACGUACUCGCUCAUCGGAAUCCCGGUGCAAGAUUGAAUGUCGCGGGCAGCGUAUAUGUCAACGGCUCCACCAUCUCGGAUACGGAUUUGCAGAGCAUGAGCUCCUACGUUGAGCAAGAUGACGCCUUGAUCGGAUCGCUGACGGUGCGAGAAACGCUGGACUUUGCUGCACGUCUAUCUUUGCCCAGGUAA